CCAGGAUGAAGUACGUUGUGGUUUCUGGAGGUGUCAUCAGUGGCAUCGGAAAGGGCGUUAUCGCCUCGAGUACCGGAUUGCUGCUCAAGACUCAGGGUGCCCGAGUCACCUCGAUCAAGAUCGACCCUUAUAUGAACGUCGAUGCGGGAACCAUGGCCCCUACCGAGCACGGAGAGGUGUUCGUCUUGAACGACGGUGGUGAAGCGGAUCUUGAUCUCGGAAACUACGAGCGCUACCUUGGAGUUACCCUUGGACGGGAUAACAACAUCACAACCGGAAAGGUCUACAAGCAUGUGAUCGAAAAGGAGCGCCGUGGCGACUACCUUGGACGCACGGUGCAGAUUGUGCCGCACUUGACAGAUGCCAUCCAGGAUUGGAUCGAGCGUGUGGCUAGAACCCCCGCCGACGAUACCAACGAGGAGCCGGAUGUCUGUGUUAUCGAGCUUGGUGGCACACUUGGUGACAUUGAAAGUGCUCCUUUCGUUGAGGCUCUGCGACAGCUGCGUCGUCGGGCUGGCAAGGACAAUUUCGUCCAGAUCCACGUUUCCCUGGUUCCCGUCAUCCACGAUGAAUUGAAGACCAAGCCUACCCAGCAGGCUAUCCGGGACGCUCGCUCAGCUGGUUUGAGCCCAGAUCUCAUUGCAUGCCGUUGCGAGAAACCCCUUGAUAAAGCCACCACCGAUAAGAUCGCUAUGUUCUGCCAGGUCGAGCCAGAGCAGGUGAUUGGCGUGCACAAUGUCAGCUCUACCUAUCACGUUCCUCUGCUUCUCGAGGAGCAAGGUUUCCUUGGUGUUCUAGGCGACCUUCUGAACAUGAAGAAGCUCGCAAUCCCUCAGACUCAGUUGCUCAAGGGCCAGUCCACUUGGAAACAGUGGAAGACCCUUACAACUGCACAGGAGCACACCUUUGAGACCGUCAACAUUGCUCUGGUUGGCAAGUAUAUCAGUCUUCACGACUCCUACUUGUCCGUCAUCAAGUCUCUGGAGCACGCAGCUAUGGCUUCCCGCCGAAAGCUCAACAUCAUUUGGGUUGACGCCUCUCACCUCGAAACCGAGUGGGAGGAGACCAACUCUAAAGAGUACCACAAGGCCUGGUAUGAUGUCCACACUGCUCAUGGAAUCCUGGUCCCAGGAGGUUUUGGUACCAGAGGCACCAAUGGUAUGAUGCGCGCUGCCCACCACGCCCGUACCAAGAACAAGCCUUACCUUGGUAUUUGCUUGGGUAUGCAGAUCGCUGUGAUUGAAUACGCUCGUAACGUCUGUGGUCUCGAGGGUGCCAACUCAGUUGAACUUGACGAGCUUACCUCCCAUCCGAUCGUGGUAUACAUGCCCGAGAUUGACCAAGUGAACCUUGGUGGUACUAUGCGUCUUGGUUCCCGUCCUACCCUCUUCCAGGAGAAUACCGAAUGGUCUAAGCUCCGUUCUCUCUACGGAUUGGACCGCACUUCUAUUGAUGAGCGCCACCGCCAUCGCUAUGAGGUUAACCCUGAGUAUAUCGAUCAGCUCCAGGCUGCCGGUCUUCAAUUCAUCGGCAAGGAUGAUAAGGGUGAGCGCAUGGAAAUUAUCGAGUUGAAGGACCACCCCUGGUUCGUAGGUGUUCAAUUCCACCCCGAGUAUAUCUCUCGUGUGUUGGCACCUAGCAAGCCAUUCCUCGGAUUCCUUUCUGCCGCAGCUGGCUGCUUCGACCAGGUCAAGGCUUUGUCUCAAGCCAAGGAGAUGGACUUGGCUAAUGGUGUUGGCAACAUUAUUGUCUGA